AUGGCGACCAUGGAUCAGCCGUUGGCUGCCCGCCACAUCCAGAACUAUACCGAGGCAUCGAGUCUAGAGCCGCAUUGGGGUUACGUCUCGCGCGCGGUUCCAUGUACCAACGAUGCCGGAUCCUGUGCCUACUUGGAUCUCGUCUACGGGUCCCAUGACCGAGGCAUGCUUUACUCCGGGAUCCUAUGGUGCACGUUAGGCGGUGUACUCUUUCUUUGGGCGCUUGGCCGCCGACUCUGGCCAUCACGACGGGCCGAUGAAAUCGUCAACGUCGACACCGAGCGCGAGUUGGCGGCCAAGAGCAGUUCCUCCCGUCUGAGGAGGUCUUUGGCCUGCUACGGACGCUCAUAUCUCCUCCCGGACUCGGUGCGGUCUGUUUUUGGCAGAACAACCCGCCUCCAAGUGCUGGUUCUGGCGGUCCUUUCAGGAUAUCUGUUGAUAUGGAGUUUUGUUGGCAUCACAUAUAAAACCUGGAUAACUCCUGUCAAGAGCUCCCCCGGUCUGUACAACACCCGAACGAGCAUCGGUCCAUGGUCAGACCGAGUCGGAAUCCUCGCCUACGCCCUCACCCCUUUAUCCAUUUUGCUAUCCAGCCGAGAGUCGAUUCUCUCUUUGCUGACUGGAGUUCCUUAUCAAAGCUUCAACUUCCUCCACCGAUGGCUCGGAUACAUCAUCUUUGCUCAGGGGUCCCUCCACACCAUGUCGUGGUGCAUCGUCGAGAUCAAGCUGUACAACCCUCAGCCCACCACCGCCGUGGAAUGGAUCACCCAAACCUACAUGAUCUGGGGACUUGUCGCCAUGACCUUGCUCCUCCUCCUUUUCGUCCUGAGCAUGCCGUUCGCCAUUCGGUUGACGGGAUACGAAUUCUUCCGCAAGGCUCACUACGUGUUAGCCAUGCUCUACAUUGGCGCGUGUUGGGGACAUUGGGAACAACUCAAAUGCUUUUUGCUGCCAGGGCUGCUCAUUUGGUUUCUGGACCGAGGCGUUAGGUAUGCCAGGUCGGCCAUGCUCCACUAUGGGUUUUUGCCUGAUGGCUCCGUCGGAUUCAAGGCGGCACAUGCGAAUCUCACUCACUUUGCCGAUGCGGAACACGGUGAUGUCGUCCGCAUGGACUUCUCACACUCGCAAGAUGCUUGGAAAAUUGGACAGCACUUCUAUAUCUGCUUCGCUGAGUGCAGCAUCUGGCAGUCCCACCCGUUCACGCCACUUAACCUGCCAGUUGUCAAGGGCGGCGUUGUUGCCCACUCAUACAUUUUCAGGGCCAAGAAAGGCGAGACGAAGAAAGUCGCAGAGUUGGCAUUGAAAAAGUUGUCAGAAAAUAAAUCCGCGACGACACCUUUGAUUCUCUCCGGUUCGUACGGCGAGUCCAUCGCAGAAAACCUGACACCACACGUCAAUGUACUCUGUGUGGCCGGCGGUACGGGCAUCACCUACGUACUCCCGGUACUGCUUAGCCUUGUCCAACAGCCGGCCAUGACUGAUCGCAAAAUCGAGCUGAUCUGGGCAAUCCGCAAAAGAGCCGACAUGGGAUGGGUGGAGCAAGAACUCAACAUCAUCCGGCAGGCGGCCAAAACACACGAGGUCCCCAUCCACAUUUUCGUCACCCGCGAGCAGAGCUCAGCAUCGUUACUCGAUGACAGCAAGACAAGCGAGAAGGACGCAAACGUCAAGGAAACCGGCUCAGGUUCCUCUUCAUCGUCUUCGUUGAAUGGGGCCCUGUCCAGCUCUUCAUUGGAGGUGAAGCGCAUCGGUGGCCGAGAAUCGGGCACGCAUCCAGACCUACAGAAAAUGGUGGGUCGGUUUGUCGAGAACACCGUCAGGGGUCCCACGACAGUGUAUGCGAGCGGACCGGGAGGCAUGAUUAGCGACUUGAGAGCAAUUGUUGCAAGUUGUAACUCGGGGGCGAAAGUAUGGAAGGGUAAUGAGAGGUUUGAUGUUCGAUUAACGUACGAUGAUAGGUUGGAGUGGUAA